AUGUCUGACACAAAAGAGCUAUACAACAACCGUAAAGAGUCUCCAUACGAUCAUCCUUGCCAUACUCAGCGAAGAAAUCCUCCUCCAUACGACGAGGUUUCCAGAGGGCGGUACCCUGCUGUGCCCGAGUCUGAGCAACGUUUUCAGAAUGGUGCACCUAUGCCUCACCACCCACAAUAUCAGUAUCAAGCGGUUGGCGAGAAUGCAUCUUAUUACAAUGACACCCAGUCACAAUAUUCCCAGAACAACGCCACAACUGGGGAGCCAAAUGACGAGAGAGGAUUUGGGUCAACGGUCAUCGGAGGCCUCGCUGGGGGCUAUGUGGCCAACCAAAUGGGGGCAGGACCGAUGGGAACUACGGGGGGUGCUAUUGUAGGUGCCACUGGAAUGAAUAUGGCAACUAAUAUGCUCCACAACAACCAGAGUGGUCCAGGCACUGUAUACGACGGAGGUUAUGGGAGCAUAACCACCACGACGACCACCACGUCCCCAGGAGUUGGGGGGAUGGGACCACUGCGCCUUGGAGGGUUGGGACAGGCUCGUUUCGCUCGUCGAGCCAUCAGACGCCAGCGACUGGGCCUCUUCUAA